AUGGGUAAACCACCAUCUGGGGGUGUAUACUUAUUAACAUCCUCCUGUCUCACUCCUCUUCCUCCCUCUCUCCUGGGCUGGUUCAGGGAGCUGAGUUUACAGACCGCCGAUGAGGAGGAGGGGGGGCGGGGGAAGACGAAGAGGACGAGGACCAAUAAGAGGACAGCAGCGGAGGCGGGCGGGGAGAGCGACGCGGAGCAGUGGGUGAUGAAGAGGCAGAGGCUGAAGGCCAGGAAACAGGAGGAGGAGAUGAAGAGCAAGAGGACGGUGUUCAUCGGAAACCUGCCCAUCAGCUGCACCAGGAAGACGCUGCAGAGCCUCUUCAGGGACAAAGGAUCCAUCGAGUCCGUCCGCUUCCGAUCUGUGGUCCGAGAGGACCCCGCCAUGUCCCGCAAAGUAGCCGCUAUCCAGCGUAGAGUCCAUCCCAAGAAGCAGAGCAUCAACGCGUACGUGGUGUUUAAAGACGAGGACGGCGUCUCCAGGGCGCUAGAGAGGAACGGCAUGGAGAUCGAGAAGGACUUUCACAUCCGGGUGGACAGAGUGACGGACAACUCGGCGCACGAUCACAAGCGCUCCGUCUUCGUGGGGAACCUGUCCUUCGAGAUCAGUGAAGUGACUUUCCGGCGCCACUUUGAGAAGUGCGGCCCGGUGGAGGCUGUGCGUCUGGUACGGGACCAGAACUCUGGACUAGGGAAAGGAUUCGGCUACGUCUUGUUUGAGGUACGAUAA